AUGUGCUUCCUCUCUCUUCUGCUUCUAGAGAUUGUCCAUCUUCCUUUUGACUGUGGAAAUCUGCGCAAGCUCAGUUUCCCCUUCACCACGCCAAAACACAAAUGUGGAAUGUUGGCCAUUCGAGGUUGUGAAGACCCUAAUCCCAACAAAACUAAAACUGUGCAAUUCAGUGGAAAGGAGUUUCAAGUGAGGAGAUUUGAUGGCCUUCAUAGAAUUAGAGUUAUCCUCAGAGACAGAGCUUUACAAAAUUAUUUGGAAAAUGAUGACUGCCAUGCCUUGUACUGCAAUAUUACUCUUCCACCCAGCUCACCCUUGGGUUCCUUUCAUAUCUUGCCAAAUUUAACCAUGUACAAAUGUAAUAGUUUGCACACUUACAGGGUUUCAAAGCAAUUCUUGAAGUAUACAGGAUGUGGUAAGAGUACUAAUGAGACGAUCCUCUUCGGAAAACAAGAUCAAGACGAUCCUCCACUUUCUUUAGCAAUAUGUUCAAGGGUUCAGCUUCCAGUGAAUAAGCUGGCUUUCUCUGCUGAUCCCUUUACAUUCAUAGCCUCUGAAUUCCCCGUUAGCAUUCAACUUUCUGAAGACUGUUUUCGUUGUUUUGAUCACAAUAAAGGCAUAUGCCAUCUCAAUAGCACCGAAGGAUUUUAUUGUUCCAAAUUCAAAGCACUACAAGCAAACACAGAAACAUGUCAGCCUACAAUGAGCGAGUCAUACCCAAAUGAUGCGGAUCCAGACAGUGGUAGACGCUUCUUCGGAGUCCCAAUCAUCUCCCACAUGGAGCUUCAAGGGGCAGCCAAGAACUUUGACUCCUCCAACAAACUUGGAGAUGGAGGCUUCGCCUCUGGAAGCUUCAAGAUGGGUGUGAAGUUGCAGUGA